CAUAAAAGUAAUCACAACCGGCCAGAGUUAUUAGUUUGCCGCAAGUGGAGCUGCCGAUCGCAUCGUUUAUUUCCAUGAAGAACCUCAGAACUUUAGUUGGCCCAGCAGCGGCACUAGUGUUGUUGCUCCUGCAAUCCUUCGGUUCUGUGAGUGCUCGCGACGAGGAUAUUUGUCGGCUAUUUCCCAAUAACACUGUCAUCCGGGAUCCGGAAUCCUGUAGCAAGUCCAUCACCUGCAUUGAUUUCGUGAGUCAUUAUAGCACCUGCUCCGGCUCCACUCCGUUCUUCAACAAGGAUACUGGAGCGUGUGUGAAGAGCCUGUCGGAUCAGUCCAGUUGCUCCAUUUCGUGCUCCGAUUCGGUCACCCAGUUCUUGGCCGAUCCCAAGUCCUGCUACGGUUACUAUUACUGUCAGGACCAGGAGACUGCCCUGUACGGCACAUGCCCGCAGGACCACCACUUCAAUGCCACCACCCAGACCUGCAGCCGUCAGCAUGAAUCGGCCUGCACCACCAGCACCUUCGAGUAUUGCUACAUUGUGAAGGAUGGAGUGAGAUUCGACAAUCGCCAGGGAUGCAACCAGUACCAUGUCUGUACCAAAGGUGUCCUAGAAUCCAAGACCUGCUCGAACACAUAUUAUCAGGCCAGCACGGGAACGUGCCAGGACAAGGCUCUGGUCGAGUGUGAUGCCCAUCCUUUGCCCAGCAACGUUUGCGGCACAGAGAAAAGUCCGAAAGCGAAUAAAUUCGUCUCCGAUGCAGCCACCUGCCGGGGCUACUUCUACUGCGCCAAGCAGGCGGAUGGCAAGCCGGACCCCAGUCCCCAGUGGAACCAGUGCCCUGCGGACCGCUUCUUCGACGCAAAAACCGAGACAUGCCGACUGGCCAAUCAAGUCACCUGCACCGCAGAUCGUUGCGAUGGCCGGACUCUUAAUUUUGUGGUCAGCGGAACCAAGGGAUGUCGGAAUUAUUUGCGAUGCUCGAAUGGUGUCACCCUGGACGAGAAGUCCUGCGGGAAUAACUUCUUUGACGAGGAGAAGGGUUCCUGUGUCCAACAAAUCACCACAUAUCCUGUGUGUACCUAGAAUCCUAAAUAAAGAUUUAAAAGCAUUUUGAAA